UGGCGUGAGCACGCCCGUGUACAAGGCGCAGAGCCGAGAGGUCGUCCCCGCGCAGCGCCAGCAGUCUCCGGGCGUCGCCCUGGGCAUGAUGAGCUCCCCGGGCGGAGGCGCCGCCCUGCGCGAGCGCGUGGCGUCGCCGCACCGCGUCACGUCGCCGCCCGUCAAGCUGCAGGAGCCGCAGCGCCUGGCCAGCCCGCCCGUCAAGAUGGCCGACUCGCGCGCGCAGCACGACUACGGCAAGGUCGACUUGCCCAAGCUGGAGGGCUCGCCCGCGGGCGGCGUGGGCGUGCCGCGCCUCAGCCCCGCGGGCCUCGGCAGCCACUUCGUGCAGCAGUACCCGGAGCGCGACACGCCGGCCGCGUCGCAGAGCGGCGGCAGCGGCGCCGCCGUGUGGGAGGGCGGCUACCCGCUCACGCCCGAGAAGUACUCGGUGUCCGGCCCGCCCACCUCCACGUACUCGCCGCUGCCGCUGUCGGCGCUGCACAUGCAGUCGUCGCCGUCGCACGGGCAGCGCGUGCAGCACGACCCUCCCGAGAAGGUGCUCGACGCGCUCGACCAGAAGAAGGACCUGAGUUACUCCUGCAGCAGCGGCAACAACAACAGCAGCAGCCCGGGCGCGGAGGACGCCGUCGAGGACAAGUACCGGGAGUACCCGGCGGAGAAGGACGAGGGCGGCGACCAGGAGGUGCUGGUCGACGGCUGCGACCUGCAGAAGCUGGCCGAGGUGACCAGCAAGACGGCGCUCACCGUCCUGCCCGACGACGUCGACACCUACAACGAGCUGAACAAGCACCACCUGAACGGGCACCUGAGCGCCCACCUGGACCACCUGGGCCGGCCCGCGGGCCAGCUGACCCCCGAGAGCACCGACUGCGGCUCCCUGAGCAAGAGCUCCUCCGACGGCGACCACAUGAUGAACCGCAAGCGGCCGCCGACCAAGCUCAAGUCGAAGCGGCGGAACAUCCUGUCGUUCCCGCACCACCUCUCCGUGGACGAGCUGCGCGUCAUACAGCGCCGGCAGGACUCGUAUGGCGGCGGGUCGUCCUCGGACGAAAACAGGUCGUCCGGCCACGCCUCCAUGUCCGACGGCCACACCUCCUCCUCGCCGCCCAUCGACUCGCUGCCGCGCCACGACCACCUGAGGUCCAACCUGAAGGUGGUGCCCGAGGACGAGCGCCUCUCUGCGGCCGUGACCUCGGUGGCGGCGGGCUACAAGGGCGCGGGAUCCGGCCGGCGAGGUCAGCCCAGGCCGCGCCACAGAGCCACGCCCUCCAAGGACGACCUGUCCCUCCCGCUGGAGAGCGCCAGCGGCCUGGAGGACAUCAAGCAGGCCAUAGAACAGCUGACGAUGCGCUCGCAGGGCUCGAGGACCAGCUACUCCACCUCGACGUACUCCUCGAUGUCGGGGUCGGAGGGCGAGCCCGUGCGCCGCCUCAUGCGCCACUCGUCCCUCGAGACCAUCAACACCAACGUCACCGCCGCCGACGAGUUCGUGUGGGUGGACUCGCACAACAGACUGGUGGAGCUGCAGCAGCUGCCGUGGAGCAACCACGACGUGCUGCGCGUGGUGCAGCAGGGCCGCGUGCGGGAACAGCUGGACCGCGUGAGCAUGGAGGCCGUGCCCAGACUCUCGUACCUUCUCCAGAGGGCGCUGGUGCGCGUGGCCCGGGAGGCGCAGAGGCUCACCCGCCCCCUGGCCAUGUGCAGCAAGCAGGAGGUGUCGUCCGCCCUCAAGAUCGUCCUCUCGCCCGCCCUCGCCGACUCCUGCAUCAAGGCGUGCUUGCGAGCCGCGGCCAUGUACACGGUGUGCGGCGACCAGCUGCGGCAGUCGAAGAGCGCGCGAGCGGGCCUCAACCUCUCGGUGGGUCGCUUCAUGAGGUGGAUGUGCGACGUGCGGAUCGGGAAGUUCAUCCACGAAUACGCGGCCGUGUACCUGACCGCCGGGAUGGAGAACCUCCUGGAGGAGAUGGUGCUGCAGUGUCUCCCGGCGGAGGAGGACCACAUGCUCACCGCCAGCGUCUUGGAGCACGCCAUCGCCAACAACGGGGACCUGUGGGGCCUGCUGCAGCCCUACGCCCACCUCAACGCCGGGAGAACCGCUACGGGCGCGCUGUGCCUCCCGCGGUGGGCCAGCACGGCCAGCAUCGAGGCGGCGUCCGUGAGCAGCGCGUCCACGGGCGGCAGCCGGUCCAGCGGCGCCACCACGGGCUCCUCGGGGGCGUCGGGGGCCUCGGGCUCCUCCGUCCCGCCCUCGGCAGCCAACGACGGCGCAGGCGGCGGCAGUGGGGCCUCCGGCAGCAGCAGCGGCCCGCAGCCUUCGAGGUGUUCUUCGAGCGUGACCCUGACCCCCGAGGAACACUCAAGGAGCAGCAAGGUAAAGACUCUGGAGCAGUCCCUCCUGACGACGUGCGUGGGCUCCCUCGCCGAGCUGAGCGAGCUGCUGGGGCGCGUGGCCCCCACCACCACCGCGCGGCCAACUCCUCCUCCCCGACCCGCGCCCAGCUUAACACUUCAUGAAACGCAAACAAAAGCAAACACGAUGGUAACCGUGCCCCGCCCCCCACAGGUGACCUGGGGACCGUCCGCCCUGCACGCCCUCUUCUACUUCAUGCGCUGCAGCCAGCUGGAGCACGCCGAGCACGCCUCCCGCGCCCCCAUCCAGGAACUGGUGUACGAGCGCCCUUACAUCGUGCUGCCGCCCCUGCUGGAGUGGGUCCGCGUGGCCACCGCCCACACCGAGCACAGGCACUCCACGGUGGUCGACAAGGACGACGUCAUGCAGGCCGCCCGCCUCCUCCUUCCCGGCGUCGACUGCCCCGUCAGGAUGAUCGGGUACGAAGAACUCAUGUGCCCGCGCCGACAGCUGGACGAGAUGGAGUGCGCCAAGAAGUUCAAGGUGGACCUGGCCUUCAAGAUGCUCUCCUGCGGGCGCUAUGACCUGGUGCCGCACGCCCUCCAGCUGCUCCCGGCCACUAAGGUGAACACGGUGAACGAGUACGGCUUGACCCCGCUCAUGCUGGCCUGCAUCCGCGGCGACGAGCCCAUGGUCAACAUGCUCCUGGACGCCGGCGCUGACGUGGACGCCGAGACGCCCCCGACGGGCCCCGCCUACCUCAUGGCCAACCCAGAGACGCAGCACUGGACGGCCCUCACCUACGCCGCGAUACAUGGCCACAUCAACCUGGCCAAGACGCUGCUCGAGAAGAAUGCUAAUGUCGAGGGAGGCGCGAGGCUGGCCGAGGAGAAGUGCACGGAGACGCCGCUGCAGGUUGCAGCGGCCGCAGGGAACACCGAGAUGAUGGCUCUCCUGCUGUCCUACGGCGCCAACCCCUAUCUGUCGACGCUCAUGAAGGACUCCCUGUGCUACUCCGGCGCCGCGCAACGAGGCUGCUACGCUGCCAUCGCCGUCGCUGCGGCUCACGGCCAGAGGACGAUUCUUCACAAGCUUCUGUCACAGCCUCAGCACGCCUCAGCGCGGGAAGUCCUCUCCCUGGAAGAGAUCUUGGCCGAGGGCGCCAACGGGAACACGUCGGACCGAGAUCGCCGACCUGGCCGCCAGAUGUGCAUCGUCGACGACCCCUUCGGGAGAGGCAGCCUCGCCUCCUCGGCCUCGGACUCCUCGCAGGUCCUCAAGCUCACGAAGCAGCAGAUAAAAACCCUACAGGAAGCCAUGUACCACUCGGCGGAGUCCGGCCAUCUGGAAAUGACGCUGGACUUGCGAAAUCUGGGCGUGCCGUGGACGCUCCAUUGCUGGAUGCACACGCUGGCCACCGCCCACGAACACCGCCUCGAGUCCAUCAUUGAUCAGCUGUUGCAAGACUUCCUGCAAGUCUGGCCGGACGAUUACUCGGCCCAGUUUGUGGACGAGUGCUUGCCGCUGCUCUUCACUAUCUUCAGAUAUAGCAAGAACGAAGGGACGUCCCUCCUGCUCGCCGACAUCUUUUCCUCCUGCUACGGCAAGGAGGCGAUCAAGGAGAUCCGCGACACGACCAUCUCGGGCGGCGCUCGCAUCGACCCCAAGUUCGUCAAUAACCCCGAGCUGUCCGACGUCCAGUUCCGGGUGGAGGGGCGGGUCUUCUACGCCCACAAGAUCAUUCUGGUGAACGCGUCGUCGAGGUUCAAGCAGAUGCUGAGCUCCAAGUUCUGCGAAGGCAACCCUCCCAUCGUGCAGAUUCAUGACAUUAGAUAUGACAUUUUUGAGCUCGUGAUGCAAAGCCUCUACAAAGGAGGGUGCGAGAACCUGGAAGUGGAAGCCGGAGACGUGCUAGAACUCAUGGCCGCAGCGAACUUCUUCCAGCUGGACUCCCUUCUGCGAUACUGCGAGUCACGUUGCUCAAAGCUGGUUCAUUUGGAUAAUGUUGUGUCCAUGUACAUUCAUGCUAAGGUUUAUAACGCCGUUCAGCUGCUGGAGUACUGCCAGGGCUUCCUGCUGCAGAAUAUGGUCGCCUUGCUCACCUUCGACGACUCGGUGCGACGUCUCAUCUUCGGCAAGAAGCUGCACAACCACGACGUUCUAGCAGGUCUGCUGAUCACCCUGCAGGCGCGCAUCAAGGCCCGCUCUUCCCCAAGAGCAGGCAAGAAGUGAGAGGAGCGACGUUAUGGAAACGGAAUCCUCGAAAAAAGCAAUUGCUCAUAGCCUCCUGUGUGAGAGCUGCUCACUCUGCAGGUUGCGGGGUGCAAUGGCUCCUGUAGUAGGACGAAAGCAGGCGAAACGUGAUGGCAUAGACUGAAGUUCUAUCAUCAUGUUCUGAAGGCAAAUGAUCACAAGAUUUCCAUACUUUACUUUGGGUAAACAAAAGAAUUUCAUGGACUCAGAUCAUCUGCCUUCAGAUUAUGCUAACAAUCUGUGAUUAAUUCUUAAAAAGCUUUGUUCAGUAUUUACACUAACUAUACUGAGUAUAAAGUUUGUUACAAUGCGAUGUACUAUAUCAUGAAAACCACGUGUUUUAGUGGAGUCACCAGGCUUGUACAUAAACAAUGAUGGCAUAUCUGAUUGUCCAUAAUAUAGCACUUUUGCUGUGCAUAGUUCAUAUAUGUAUAUACACACCAGGUAGGAGUAUGCCCUGCUGUCACAAAGAGGGAGGUGACAGCGUAUGGCCAUUUACAUAAGAGUAUUUCAAAUUUAAGGAUGUAAAUUCGAUAAUGUACAGAAAAUGGUUGCGGGUUUCAUGACAUCCUCCCCGAGGAUGCGGUUUUCAUGAUUAUAGAUUCUAGUUCGAGUGUAAACUAAAAGAGAACGCGCCAAAACCCAACCUCAGGUUGCAGAUCAGGAGUUGAUUUUUAGGAUUACAAAAUCAACUUUUUAGUGCUAAACAAGUUUUGCUGCUGCAAGAUUUUACAGAUCUUCACAGACAGUUGAGUGCCUAUCAGUGACCUGACAGACAGUCCAGUGCCGUGGAUUUUGUGCCAAAACUUGUGCCAAUAAGUGUUUUCAUAAGUGCUGCUGAUAAGAUUUAUUAAGAAAUCCCGAAACAGAAAUGUGAAAGACGAACACUGCUGCAAAGGAAAGUGAUCCGUGAAACAUUUCUGAAACUGACCCAGUGUCCGAGUGAAAGGUCUGUCUGCUCAAAUAUCUCCUUAAUCACAGUAGUUUUGUUUGGUGUAUAAAGAGGUUGCAUUGAAAAGCACGCACGGAGGAGGAGGAACAAAACUGACUUUUACUGGUGCUGCGUUGUACAUGAACUCAUUUUUCUAGGAUUGAGAACAUUGUUCCAUUCGCCUUAGACAUAGUGCAAGUUUGGAACAGAAGCUAGCAGUGUAAUCCUAAAAGAGAAGGAAUACCAGUGACACACCAAUCAGGAAUAUUAUUUGUUAUGCUUUGUUAUUUUUUUGUAAAUUUAUUAUGGACUUCUGUCAAUGUAUUAUUAUAUGUCGUACAUUUGUACUUAAUUUUGACAUAAGUAUGAAUGAGAUUUGUGUUUUUUCCACUACUUUUUCUUUUAGAGGAAACAUAUUUAAUACAUAGCUAGAUGAAAUUUCAAAAGUAUCGCCUGCGUUUCACUGAAUAAGCAGUUUCAUGUGUAAAAAAACUUUGUUGUGUGAUUAUUUUUGGAUUUAGAAAUUUGGUAACACAAGUAUAUAAUUGAGAGAGAGAGAGAGAGAGAGAGAGAGAGAGAGAGAGAGAGAGAGAGAGAGAGAGAGAGAGAGAGAGAGAAGAGAGAGAGAGAGAGAGAGAGAGAAGAAAGAGAAGAGAGAGAGAGAGAGAGAGAGAGAGAGAGAGAGAGAGAGAGAGAGAGAGAGAGAGAGAGAGAGAGAGAGAGAGAGAGAGAGAGAGAGUCGUAUUCUAUCCCUUUUUUUGUAUUAUAAUAUUCUUACAAAUUCCAAAAUAGUCACGAGCAACUUACCCACUUUACUGACUACUGAACACUUCAAUAUAAGUGUUCUUUAGUUCUCCCAGGAGUUCUUUUUAGUGCAAUAUUACGUUAACUAUUUAAUCCUUUUCCAUUGCAUUUACUUCCUAAAGAUAAGUAUGUUUCCUUCACGAGAUUCAAACAAUAAACAAGCCAACUUUUUGCCUCCGUAUGCUCAUCCCUAUACAUGUACAGUACCUUGUCCUUAGUCACAAGACCGUCUGGAUGGUGAUAAUGAUUAACGAUCGUCUAAGUAACGGACCUUAACCUUUUAUGUGAAAGAGAAGAAUGAUUAGUUUCGUUUUAUUAGUCACCGAGUCAAAAGAUCAAAUUCUUUCCCUUUGGAAUUGGUAGCAAAAACAUUUCACUUUCUUGAGAAGACUCUAGAUAAGAGGAGGAAAGAGAGACCGCAGGCAGGGACAGGGACGUCUCGUGACGAGGCCUUGCAACAGAGCUAUUCCGGAACCCCCCCACCCCCACUGUUGUACAAUACCACUACCUCAGGUCUACUUGUGUCGUCCUGUGUGUUUGUUUAUUUUUGUUGUUAUUGUUCUCUGUAUAUAUUGUUCACUGCCAGCUAGAAUUCUACAAGUGCCAAGCAGUUUUCUUGCUUCGUUGACGCACUGGAUUUGACAAGUGCUCAAGCAUACCUGUUAGCCCUGCUACACAAGGCAGUUUGUACAUACAUAUAGCAACAUAAUCUCCAAUUAUAGUUUAAUGAUUAUAUUUCAUUUCAUUUGAAUUGUGUAGUAUAUAGUUUUCAUUUUUUAAAAAGAAAUUCGACAGCCUUUUUUCUAUUCACUCUUCUAUUGUUUUCUCAUUAUUCUCUGCAUUUUGCUCUAUAUAACUUAAGGAAUUUAUAAAUAAUGAGACAGUAGUUACUCAUUACAUGCAGAACAACAGCAGCAGAAGUACUAUAGUUUUUUUUUACUGUUCACUGAAUGAAGUGGUACAUAAACUUUUAUUUCUCCUCUGUUCUCCCCACCCUUUAGAAUGAAUACAAAAUAUUAUGCACGUGCAGGGUUUUAUUAUAUACAACAUUGUGCGUGUGUGUGUGUGUGUGUGUGUGUGUGUGCGUGUGCGUGUGCGUGUGCGUGUGUGUGUGUGUGUGUGUGUGUGUGUGUGUGUGUGUGUGUGUGUGUGUGUGUGUGUGUGUGUGUGUGUGUGUGUGUGUUAUGUAUGAAUGUUUUACGAAUGUAAAUGCGCGCGCACCAACACACGCACGCACACGCACACG